CCCUUCCAUAUCCGACCGUCUUUCGACCCUUCCCCUUCCCUUUCUCUCUCCCUACAGGCAUCGCUGCUCCCGUAAUCGCGAGUCGAGGAAGGGCCGGGAUUCUGUUGGUGGCGGUGGAUUCUCCUUUUCCUCAAUCAUCAUCAUCACCAUCAUCUCAAGAGGAUUCACUGUAGAGCUUGGGCGACACCUUAUGGAGCUCAACACUAACACCAUCAAGGAUGCAUUUGACCGUGUUGCUAAGAAACAGAAGCUAUCUGCCUCUAAAACCCAAGAAGUAAUCGAUCAGGUGGGUCAUGAAAUAGUGCAGGCUUUGGAAAAUCUGAAUUCUACCAUGACCACUGAUGAAGGUGCAGGCCCUGCUAAGUCCAUUCUUGCAGACCUGAACAAGAGGUUGACUGAGGUUAGCCCAGCUAGCCAACUUGAGGGUUCACAAAAGGAAUUGAAUGUUGCACUGGGCAAAUAUGGGAAGGUCAUUGAGAAGGCCUUCAUCCCAGAUAUUGCCAAGUCAUACAGAAAUGUUGAGUUUGACAUGCAAAUUGUUAAUCAGAUCAUUGCGACACACUUUUACAGGCAAGGCCUGUUUGAUCUGGGGGAUUGCUUUAUAGAUGAAGCUGGUGCACCCGACUCAUCUGCUCUUAAGGCCCCUUUCCUUGAGAUGUAUCAAAUACUUGAGGAACUGAAAGCAAAGAACCUUGAGCCAGCUUUAAAGUGGGUAUCUGUCCAUCAUGACCGUCUGUGCCAGACAGGAUCCACGCUAGAGCUUAAGCUCCACAGGCUGCAGUUCGUUGAAAUACUCAAGAAGGGAGACAGGAAUGAGGCUUUGAAGUAUGCUAGGAGCUAUCUGGCUCCUUUUGCAGCAGUUCACAUGUGUGAGAUCCAGAAAUUGAUGGCAUGCCUCUUGUGGGUGGGUCGCCUAGAGUCUUCCCCUUAUGCAGAACUGCUAUCAUCUCCUCACUGGGAGGAAGUGUCGGCAGAACUCACUCAGGAGUGCUGCAGAUUGCUGGGCCAAUCUUAUGAAAGUCCAUUGUACGUCACUAUAGCAGCUGGAACUCAAGGGUUGCCCACACUGCUUAAGCUCGCAAACGUAAUGGCUGCCAAGAAGCAGGAAUGGCAGACGAUGAAACAGCUGCCUGUUCCGGUGGACUUAGGCAGCGAGUUCCAGUUCCACUCCAUCUUCGUCUGUCCUGUGUCACGCGACCAAGGAAGCGAGGAGAACCCCCCGAUGAUGUUGCCAUGUGGGCAUGUACUCUGUAAGCAAUCCAUAUCAAAGCUGUCCAAGAGCAACACACGGAUAUUCAAAUGCCCAUACUGCCCAGUAGAAGCCAACGUGGGGAACUGCAGGCAGUUGUAUUUCUGAUGAAUGCAGCUUCAAAUGUACUUACUGGUAGGCGAAAGGAAACUGUUUGUUGUUGGUUGCUGCAUAUGCAGUUGCAUUAUGUUGUGUAAAUACAAAAUUCUUCUUUCUCA